AUGGCGCGGGCUCAGCGGGUGCUGCUGGCGCUCUGGGUGCUCCUGGUGCCGCUGGCGCCGGCUGCCAAGCUCAACAUUCCCAAAGUGCUCUUGCCCUUCACGCGGGCCACGCGCGUGAACUUCACUCUGGAAGCUUCGGAAGGCUGCUACCGCUGGUCAUCUACCCGGCCAGAGGUAGCCAGCAUUGAGCCGUUGGGCUCUGACGAACACCAGUGCUCCCAGAAGGCAGUGGUGCAGGCCCGCCUGACCCAGCCUGCCCGCCUGACCAGCAUCAUCUUUGCAGAGGACAUCACCACAGGCCAGGUGCUGCGCUGUGAUGCCAUUGUCGACCUCAUUCAUGGCAUUCAAAUCGUCUCCACUACCCGUGAGCUCUAUCUUGAAGACUCUCCACUGGAGCUGAAGAUCCAGGCUCUAGACUCAGAAGGAAAUACCUUCAGUACCCUGGCAGGACUGGUCUUUGACUGGACGAUUGUGAAGGAUACAGAGGCCAGUGGGUUCUCAGACUCUCAUAAUGCACUGCGAAUCCUCACUUUCUCGGAGUCUACCUAUAUACCACCUUCCUACAUCUCAGAGAUGGAGCAGGCAGCCAAGCAAGGUGACACCAUCCUGGUGUCCGGGAUGAAGACUGGGAGCUCCAAGCUCAAGGCUCGCAUUCAUGAGGCUGUCUACAAGAAUGUUCGCUCUGCAGAAGUCAGGCUGCUGAUCUUGGAGAACAUCCUUCUGAAUCCAGCCUACGAUGUCUACCUGCUGGUGGGGACGUCCAUUCGCUACAAGGUGCAGAAGAUCAGGCAGGGGAAGAUUACAGAACUCUCAAUGCCUUCUGACCAGUAUGAGCUGCAGCUUCAGAACAGCAGCCCGGAUCCCCAAGGAGACCCUGCCCAGCCAGUGGCUGUCCUGGCUCAGGACACGUCGAGGGUCACUGCCAUGCAGCUGGGACAGAGCAACCUCGUCCUAGGCCACAGGAGUAUUCGAAUGCAGGGAGCUUCUAGGCUGCCCAACAGCACCGUCUAUGUGGUUGAAGCUGGAUACUUAGGGUUUACUGUCUACCCUGGUGACAGGUGGGUGCUUGAGACUGGUCGUCUGUAUGCAAUCACCAUCGAAGUGUUUGAUAGAUCCAGCAACAAGGUCUUCCUGUCUGACAACAUCCGAAUUGAAGCUGUGCUUCCUGCUGAGUUUUUUGAGGUUCUGUCUUCUUCCCAGAAUGGGUCAUAUCAUCAUGUCAGGGCGAUACAGAGUGGCCAAACGGCCAUCAGCGCAGCCCUCACCUCUGUGGUGGACCAGGAUGGAGGGGUCCAUGUGCUACAGGUACCUGUGUGGAACCAGCAGGAGGUGGAUAUUCACAUUCCCAUCACACUCUAUCCUAGCAUCCUGACAUUUCCAUGGCAACCGAAGACAGGCACUUAUCAGUAUACCAUAAAGGCCCAUGGGGGCAGUGGGAACUUCAGCUGGUCUUCAUCGAGCUCCAUGGUUGCCACGGUCACCGUCAAGGGUGUCAUGACCACAGGAAGUGACACUGGACUCAGUGUUAUCCAGGCGCAUGAUGUCCAGAACCCUCUCCAUUUUGGUGAGAUGAAGGUGUAUGUGAUUGAGCCCAGCAGCAUGAAGUUUGCCCCGUGCCAGGUGGAGGCAAGAGUGGGCCAGACCCUGGAACUGCCCCUGAUGAUCAGCGGCCUCAUUCCCAGUGGGGCCAGUGAGGUGGUCACCCUGAGUGACUGCUCCCACUUUGACCUGGUGGUGGAGGUGGAAAACCAGGGUGUAUUCCAGUCAAUGCCAGGGAGGCUUCCACCAGGGCCUGAGCACUGCAGUGGAGUCAAGGUGAGAGCCGAGGCCCAGGGCUCUACCACACUCCUUGUGAGCUAUACACAUGGCCAUGUCCAUCUAGAAGCUAAGAUCACCCUCGCUGCUUACCUUCCCCUAAAGGCCGUGGAUCCUUCCUCUGUUGUGGUGGUAACCCUGGGCUCCUCAAAGGAGAUGCUGUUCGAAGGAGGCCCCAGACCAUGGGUCCUUGAGCCCUCCAAAUUCUUCCGGAAUGUCACUUCUGAGGAUACAGGCAGCAUCACCCUGGCUCUCCUGGGCUCCCCAGCCUCCCGGAAUUACCAGCAGCACUGGAUCCUUGUGACCUGCCGGGCCUUGGGUGAGCAGGUCAUCGCCCUGUCCGUGGGGAACCAGCCCAGCCUCUCUAACCCCUUCCCAGCAGUGGAGCCCACUGUGGUGAAGUCUGUCUGUGCUCCACCGUCCAGGCUCACCCUCACGCCUGUCUAUGCCCUCCCCCAGCUAGACUUCUCCUGUCCACUACUGCAGCAGAACAAGCAGGUGGUUCCAGUAUCCAGCCACCGCAAUCCCCUGCUGGACUUGGGUGCCUACGACCAGCAGGGCUGGCGAUUUGACAACUUCAGCUCUCUGCACAUCCACUGGGAGUCCUCCCGGCCAUCAUUGGCCAGCAUUGAGCCUGACCGGCCCAUGCAGCUAGUGUCCCGGGAUGAUGGAAGUGGCCAAAAGAAGUUACAUGGCUUGCAGGCGAUUUCAGUUCAUGAGGCAUCAGGAACCACAGCCAUCUCUGUCACAGCAACUGACUACCUGCAGUCCCACCUCAGCGCAGCCAAAGUGGAGCAAUCGCAUGACCCUCUAGUGCCUGUGUCGGCCUCUAUUGAGCUUAUUCUGGUGGAGGAUGUGAGGGUGAAUCCAGAAGAGGUUACCAUCUACAACCAUCCUAGUGUCCAGGUAGACCUCCAUAUCACAGAAGGCUCUGGCUACUUCUUCCUCAACACAAGCACCAUGGACAUAAUCAAGGUGGCCUACCAGGAGGCCCGGGGCAUUGCCACAGUACACCCUCUGCUCCCAGGCUCAUCGACUGUCAUGAUCCACGACCUGUGCCUGGUCUUCCCAGCCCCAGCGAAAGCCAUCAUUCAUGUCUCGGACAUACAGGAGCUCUAUGUCCAUGUGGUGGACAAGGUAGAGAUCGGGAAAGCAGUCAAGGCCUAUGUUCGUGUGUUGGACUUCCACAAGAAACCUUUCCUGGCCAAGUACUUCUCCUUCAUGGGCCUGAAGCUCCGAGCAGCCUCACAGAUUGUCACACUGGUAGCUCUGGACGAAGCCCUGGACAACUACACGGCCACAUUUCUUGUGCAUGGUGUGACCAUUGGGCAGACCAGCCUGUCUGCAAGUGUGACUGACAAAGGCGGACAUAGAGUCAGCUCCACCCCGCAGCAGAUUGAGGUCUUCCCUCCAUUCAGAUUGAUACCCAGGAAGAUGACACUGAUAAUUGGGGCCAUGAUGCAGAUCACCUCCGAGGGUGGCCCUCAGCCCCAAUCCAACAUCCUCUUCUCCAUCAGCAACGAGAGUGUGGCAGCAGUGAGCAGCUCUGGGCUGGUGCGUGGGCUCACAGUUGGCAAUGGCUCAGUGUUGGGGGUCGUACAGGCAGUGGAUGCAGAGACUGGCAAGAUCAUCAUCGUCUCUCAGGAUCAUGUGGAGGUAGAGGUGCUGCAACUCCAGUCUGUGAGGAUCAGGGCCCCCAUCACACGAAUGAGGACUGGGACCCAGAUGCCUGUCUACAUCACCGGGAUCACUAGCAACCAGAGUCCUUUCUCCUUUGGUAAUGCUGUGCCGGGCCUGACCUUCCACUGGACUGUCACCAAGCGGGACAUCCUAGACCUCCGAGGGCGGCACCAUGAGGCAUCUAUUCGACUGUCAUCGCAGUACAACUUUGCUAUGGAUGUGCAUGGCUGUGUCAAAGGUCGGACUGGGCUGAGAGUGGUGGUCAAAGCUCUGGACCCCACAGCUGGACAGCUGUAUGGCCUCGGCAAAGAGCUCUCAGAUGAGAUCCAAAUCCAGGUAUUUGAAAAGCUGCGACUGCUGAACCCUGAAAUAGAAGCAGAACCAAUACUAAUGUCGCCCAACUCAUUUAUAAAGCUCCAGACAAACAGGGAUGGUGCGGCCAUUCUGAGCUACCGAGUCCUAGAUGGCCCUGAGAAGGCCCCUGUUGUGCACAUUGAUGAGAAGGGCUUCCUGGUGUCUGGCUCUGCGAUUGGGAUGUCCACCCUUGAAGUGAUUGCCCAGGAGCCUUUUGGCACCAACCAAACCAUCAUUGUGGCUGUAAAGGUGUCUCCUGUUUCUUACCUGAGGAUUUCUAUGAGCCCCGUUCUUCACACCCAGCACAAGGAGGCCCUGACAGCUCUGCCUCUGGGGAUGACUAUGACCUUUACUGUCCACUUCCAUGACAACUCUGGAGACAUCUUCCAUGCUCACAAUUCAGUCCUCAACUUUGCCACUAACAGAGACGACUUUGUGCAGAUUGGCAAGGGUACUACCAACAAUACCUGUAUCAUCCGCACGGUCAGCGUGGGCCUGACGCUGCUCCAUGCAUGGGACGUGGAGCACCUGGGCCUCUCAGACUACGUGCCACUACCUGUCCUGCAGGCCAUAACACCAGAGCUUUCUGGAGCAGUGGUGGUGGGUGACGUCCUCUGUCUAGCCAGUGCUCUCAUCAGCCUGGGAGGUGUCUCAGGGACCUGGAGUUCCUCAGCCAGCAACAUCCUCCAUAUUGACCCCAAGACAGGCGUGGCUGUGGCCCAAGAUGCAGGCUCUGUAACAGUUUACUAUGAGAUUGCUGGACAUCUGAAGACCUUCAAGGAGAUAAUGGUCAGCGCCCCUCAGAGGAUUGUGGCUCGUCGCCUCCACUCUGCCCAGACCAGCAUCCAAGAGGCCACAGCCUCCAAAGUGGCUGUCAGCGUGGGAGACAGAAAUUCUAACUUGCUUGGUGAGUGCUCCACUACCCAGAGAGAAGUCAUUGAGACCUUGCACCCAGAAUCCCUCCUCGACUGUCAGCUCCAGUUCAAGCAAGAUGUCUUCGAUUUCCCUGCACAUGAUGUCUUCACUGUGGAGCCGGGGUUUGACACUAUUCUGGGCCAGUAUCUCUGCUUGGUCACAAUGCACAGGCUGACAGACAAGCAGCUGAAGCACUUGAACAUGAAGAAGACAAUGCUGGUGGUCUCUGCCUCCAUCCCCAGCAGCCAUGCAUUUGCAGAGAAAGUGGGGGCCGAGGUUCCCUUCAGCCCAGGGCUCUAUGCCAACCAGGCAGAAAUUCUCUUGAGUAACCACUACACCAGCUCUGAGGUCAAAGUCUUUGGUGCCAUGGAGACGCUGGAGAACUUGGAAGUGAAAUCUGGGUCCCCCGCAGUGCUAGCCUUCAUGAAGGAGAAGUCAUUCGGGCUGCCCAGCUUCAUCACAUACACAGUUGGUGUCUCCGAUCCCACUGCUGGUAGCCAGGGGCCUCUGUCCACUUCCCUGACCUUCUCCAGCCCUGCCACUAACCAGGCCAUCACCAUUCCAGUCACCGUGGCCUUCGUGAUGGAUCGUCGUGGGCCUGGUCCCUAUGGAGCCAGCCUCCUGUCGCACUUCCUGGACUCCUACCAGGUCAUGUUUUUCACGUUCUUCGCCCUGCUGGCAGGGACAGCAGUCACUAUCAUAGCCUACCAUACAGUCUGUGCACCCCGGGAGCGCGCUACACCCCCAGCCCUCACACCUCAUGCCAGCCCUCAGGACAGCUCCCACUAUCUUGCCUCGACGACACCACCCUCUUUCAACACAGUGCCUCGUGGUCACAAAGCCAGUCCUCCCUCGGGGCUCUGGAGCCCAGCCUAUGCCUCCCACUAGCCGGUGUACAGGGCUGGUGCUGCUGUACAAGUACACCAACACCUCAAUGACAGGGUCGCCCUGAAUUCAUGCUGGGGCACCAACCUGCUCCGAGGCCCUGGGCCAUCCUCAUUGCCGUGGCUGUGCUGAGCUGCCUCCCAAUUCGCAUGUGCAGGGUUUUAAGUUUUUUGCUUUUAAAAUCUCCUUCCAAGUCUUGAAAGUCAGGACGUCCUGGCCCCUUCCUUCCUGUGUGGCAUCCAGGAUUUGGGGCACUGCUUAGCCAUGUUUUGUUUUGUUUUGUUUCCAGUAUUGCUGAGGCUCACUUGUUGCUCACGGCUCUGAGCAGCUGGAAGCUGUUUCCAUGUUUUCUACAGAUGACAUCACUGUAAUGAUCUCAGGGAAAGUAUUCUCUCAUGACUCUGGGGGUUUCGUGUGGUGCUGGGCAUGGAACCCAAGGCCUCAUGCCUGCUAGGCAAGUCCUCUACCACUGGGCCAUACCCCCUGCCCCUUUGUGAGUUUUUUGCCUUGUGAAAACUUCUCUCCUGGUCCCACUGCUACUGGGAAAUGUGGGGGACAAGCAGGCAUGAUGCUGCGUUCAGAACCUCAUGCUUGCUGAGCCUUUUUGUGGGAGUCUCCAAGCUAACACACAGUGGCUUCUGUCUCAGACCCCUGCGAAGUCUUCAGUUUUGUGUUGCUGGUGGAACAUCCAGCUGAAAGGCUUCUGCUGCUGACAUGUCAGAGAGCAGUGCUCUGUGUCCUUCAUCAGGUCCUCAGAUGUCUUGAGGAUAGCCAGGAGCAUCGCAGGCCCUACCCUGCUGCCUCUAGCAGGGAUCUUCUGUCCUGUUGAUUUGUUCUGAGAAGCUGCUGUGACUGGUGCAGCUCAGAGACCCAAUGUGACCUACUCUUCUGUUUUGCAAGACACCCAGGACCUCAGCAGAUCUGAGCCUCAACCCACUCGUUCCUCCUCUUCCCUCCUCUCCAGCUACCAGCUCACCUAGCUGGGCCAGGGACAGAAGGAGAUGCCUUGGGAAGACAACUCAGAAACCUCCUGCCCUAGUUUGGUUUCUACUGUGAUGAAAUACUGACCAAUAACAACUUGGGGAAGGAAGGUUUUAUUUGACUUAUACAUUCUGAUCACAGUCCAUGCUUGAGGGAAGCCAGGACAAGAACCUAGAGGCAGGACCUGGAGCGCAGGCCAUGAAGGAAUGCUCCUUACUGGCUUGCUUCCCUGGCCUGCACUUAGCCUGCUUGCUUAUACAACCCAGGACCACCUGCUCAGGGGUGGUACCACCCUGAAUGGGCUAGGCCCUCAUCACUCAGCAAUCAGGAAAAUACCCCCAUAGACAUGCCCACAGGCCACUCCAACCAGAGGAAAUGCCCCAGUUGAGGUUUCCUCUUCCCAGGUGUGUCAAGUUGACAGCCAAAGCUAUCCAGCACACCACCUUCCCCUGCCUGUGUCUGUUUACCAUCUCACUGUGGGGACGUCGCCCUCUGUUCUAGCCCCAGAUGCUGCUGCACCCUCAGAGAGAUCCAGAGACGUGCUCCAAAGUAGACAUGUGUGGGCACUACAUCACCAAGAGUCUGGUCAGCCGUAAAGGCCAUGUGUGUUCCCUUGUGUCCUUUAGGGCUGGGCCACAGGAUGGACUUUUCUGAAAUUGGGCACAGAGGACUUGUGCCUGGCCUGCCACUCACACUCACACUGGUGCUGUCAUGGAGCCUUCUCUGGGUUUGCUUAAUAAAGCUGUGUGUAGUUUCUUAAGGGUGUGGUAGUUGCUGGGGUCCUGUCUCUGCCUGGGAGUCCCUUGGUGCACUUCCCUCCCCUCUGGCAACAGGGCCUCCCAUCCCACCUCAGACCAGGGCAGUCCCCCCACUGUCACUGGUGCCACCCAGUCCUCUUGGGCACCUGUCAUACUCCCGUCUCCUUCCUUCCUUCAGUGUUGUCUGAAAUGUCUGACUUCCCCCUUACAAUCUUCGUGUUGCUGCCCAGAGCUGUUCUUCCACAGGCCAGGGCCUCUGCCUCCCUCUCCCCAAAGAACUGGCUCUCUGACACCCUGCCUGCCCUCCUCCCAGUCCACCUAGCUGAGCCAGAUGCCUGUAUCAGGCCAGUUCUGUGGGUUCCCAGGAGUGGCAAGGUGGGUCAUGGAGAAGCAGGUAGCCUGCCCCAGGUUGGCAGCUUCAGGCCCUACCAGCCCCUUCCUCUCAUCUCUAGCAAUGCCACUUCCCUCUUGGGCACCCUGCCCUGGAGCUAGGAGUUGCUUCUUCACUCUGCCUGACCCAGCCCCACCCCAACCACCAGACACAGCAAAUGAGUCGCCAGUAGACUGUUCCCAUGUGCUCCUGUCUCCCUGUGCUCUACCCUCUCCUGCUCUUUCCCUCAUGCAGGCUUUGACUUGAGACGGUCCUUUUUCAGCCCAGGGACCUCUGUGACCACUCCUGUGGUUUCACUCCCCUUCCAAGGAGGAGCUCAUUCGGAGUAGUAAUAGAUGCGAUUCUCUUAGUUUCCCAGGACUUUAUACACAGGAAGGUGUCAAAUGCUAAGCACAGGCCUUCCUGACACAGCACUGGAGAUGUUGGCCUUCCCCUUAGGCAAGCCCCCCUCUGAGCUGGAGGUGACUGCCAGGAUCCAAGCCGCACAGCAUAUCCAGUGGUGGUAGUGUCCAGAAGAGCAGAGACGGAGACUCUCCUGUCUUCUAAGAACUGAAGGCAUUCUUGGAAAGCUCAGCUGACAGCCCAUCAUCCCCACAGCUGGACUUGACAGAGCCACUUGUGGCCUGUGGCUAGUGAGGGCAAUGGAGUGGGCAGGC